GGAAACCUUAACAUUCAUUUGUUUGCACAGCGAUCAGGUCUCAUGAUUUAAACGACCUUUUUAUCUAUUUGCUCAACAUUCUUUACCCUCACGCAUCCAAAUGUCGUGCCCCGAUUGCUUUCGUGGUCAUGAUCACCCCGGCCCUACCACAGGCAUCGAGACGAAAAUGUACGGAUUAGAUGUAUAUGUUUCCAAUCCACCAGAGAGUGCUAGUGGAGAAAUCAAUGGCCUUAUCAUUAUUAUAUCGGACGCCUUUGGUUGGGCAACAAACAAUCUACGACGACUAGCAGACUCCUAUGCUAAACGUACUGGCUGGACUGCCGCACCAGCAUGGUCGAAACCGGUCAUGGAUCGCAUACUCAAUGAUUACAGCAUUUGGGGGUGUUUUGCAAAACCUUGGCACUUUCUGCAGGCCUUGUAUGCGUUUAUUCCUUUUACUAUGAGGAACCAUCCGCCAAAACGAUACCCUUCAAUGGUGCAUUUUUUCUCAGAGCUCCGGAGCCACCAGCCUUCACAUAUGCGCAUUGGUGCUGCCGGGUUUUGCUGGGGCGCAUAUGGAGUUACGCGACUGGCCCGAGCAGAAGACCUAGCACCCAGCGGGCAGCCACUCUUGGAUGUCGCGUAUACAGCUCAUCCUAGCGAAGUUGAGCCUGCCCAUUUCGAGAAUGUCAAAAUUCCGUACAGCCUAGUUAUUGGAGAUGUGGACUUUGCCCUGCCAAAGGAACAGGUGGAGCUGGUGGCUAUCACCUUGGAACAGAAUCAGGACUUGCCAAGUGAAGUGGUGGUCAUCCCGAAUGCGAAGCAUGGUUUUGCUGUCCGUGGAAAUCCAAAUGACCCGAUCGAGAAGGAAAUGGCGGAUCAAGCGGAGGAACAGUUAAUUAGAUGGUUUAAGUUAUAUCUCUGA